AUGACUGCCUCCAUAGCACAAGCUACCAAAACCAUCGUCGCUACAGGCACAUCGUCGGGGUUGGGCUUUGAACUCAUCAAACAACUCCUCAGCUCUCCCACUUCCCUCAGCCCCUCCACCACUCACCUCAACCUUGUCCUCGGAGCCCGCGACACCAACCGUUCCGGUCAAGACUACAAUGCGCUCUCGUACCCCAAGACUGAUCACAUCCUGUCUAUCCUUCCCCUCGAGCUCUCCAGUCUAAAGUCAACCGCCUCCUUCGCCAAUGCAACACUCGAGCGUCUCGGCCCGGACGGAAAGAUCGAUUACUUGCUCCUCAACGCUGCGGUCUCUGACGGGACAGACAAGCCCGCGAAGGAGUCCAAGUCUGGGUUUUGUGAGGCGUUUGUGGUUAAUUUUCUUUCCCAGCAUUACCUCGUUCACUUGCUCGAGAAGAAACUGAUUGAUUCCUCUACGAGAAUCAUUUUUGUUUCCUCGGGCGCCAUCCGUCGGGUUACUGACCCCUCGACGUUGGAGAAGGACUUGAAAGUUGGGUCUGGGGUGGAAGCCAACGACACGUACUCUCAGACAAAGUUCUUGAAUUUGUUGAGUGCGCAGUGGUGGCGGAGGAGGCUGGAGGGGAAGUGCAGGGUUGUUGCAGUUUCUCCGGGGCUGAUUCCUAACACUGGAAUUGGGAGGGGCUCGGGAAUGAAGUUGAGUAUGGAUAUGCCUGAUGCGAAGAGCGUGGAGCAUGGGGCAAAGAGCAUUCUGGCUGCGUUCACGAGGGAUGAUUUCCCGAAGGAUAGGGAGCAGAUGUUUUUGACGAGCUGGGGGGAGUGGUGGGAGAAGGGGGUGUAUGAGAAGGUGUUGGAUAAGGGGUUGCAGGAUAAGUGGUGCUGGUCAAAGGAGGAGAUUGAGAAGAGGGAGGGGUUGAACUAG